GCUUUAUUUUCCCGUGACAAACAGAGAACGGGUUUGGAUAAAUUGGAGCUCGCUAAUCGUAAGAAGAGGUCAGUAGUGCAGUUUAGCCGCUCGUAUAAGAGCAGCUCGAACAUCAGUAACUCCAUUAAAGUAGAUCAACGUUGCACGGUGUCACCAUGAACGUGGUAGUGAUACCGUUCUUUUUAGCCGCGCAUCUCACCGUGGACGAGCCAUGGGAACAUGGGCCGGAAUACACGUUCCAAGUCCAGGUGAACUGCACGGCGAUCCCAGAGGAAGGUAUAUAUGGCAGUGUAAGGCUAAACUUGGUAUCAAAGUUGAUCUGCCAACCGAAGGGCAGUCACAUGUUGAGCUGUCACUUCGAGGACUCCAAGGCAAACAGUUUCGUUGUGGAUAGUCUGGACCCGUCGGAAUCAGUAGUACCAGCCGGUCUGGUAAACCGGCAGCCGGCUUACGAGAUCAACGAGGAUCAGUUCGAGAUCAAGUUCAACAAGCGGGGGCUGGAUAGUCUAGUGGUGAAUGAAAACAUUCAACCGCGCGAGCUUGACAUGAUCCGUAUGAUUGUGGGCCAGCUAAGCGUAGGUGCCGUCCUCGAUGGCGUUGGAAACGACAUUAUCUUUGACGCAAUGGAGAAUUUUACCCAAGGCGAGUGUUACACGACCUUCAAGAUUGAUAAGAAACUUGUGGGACGUCCGUUGUACGCGAAACUCAGCUACGCGCUCAGGCCGGUCUUCGGCCUGAAAGAUGGCAAACUGGUGCAGAUACGAAAGAUCCGGAAUCUGCAUAUGUGCGCGCACAAAGUGCCAUAUUACUUCGGCAACGCUGAAAGCUUCAGAGAAGAGAGCGAUAUUAUGUCUGACAUUAGUUUGUCGGAUGGUCACAUCAUAAUAACAUCAACAGAAUUCAUAUCAGGUACCUCGAACGUGAUAACAACGAGCAAAAUAACUGAGACCGUGAUAACAACCCUUUACGAGAACGUAAGGCUUAGGCUCGAAUCGAUUCAAGCUGCGAAAAGCGAACCGCCAGCUGUAAAAGAAGCUGAGCCCGCUAGUGUCUUCAUAGGCAGGUGGUUAAUCGACGAUUCGUCUGAGGAAGAUAAUUAAAUGAUUUUGAUGUUACGUUUGGUGGUGUAUGAACAGACGUUUGAUAUGAAAGGCGAAAUUAAGAAAUUCACUUGUCGCAAAGUGACUUAUAUUAAUUUGAUUGAUUCAUCCUUCUAUUAUGUAAAUUUCAGACGGUUACGGAAUUGUGCAACACAUUGCAUUUUCAUAAGCAUAUUGCAAAUAUUACGUUGUGAGUGUGAAUGACAUUUGGAAUAACUAUAAAUUAAAUUAUAUAAUGAUAAUUAAUACGACGACAAUCGUAGUUAGAAGUAUUGAAUUUUCAUAUAUGAGAACGAAGCUUUAUUUACUUGUAUGAUAUUGUAAGAAC